AUGAAUUCUGUGUCCUCCCUACAGGACUCUCCCGCCGGCGGAGACGCCCGACAGGUCCCACCUCAACACCGGCAGGGCUCAACUCACCCGCCUGGUCUUACUCAAACCCCGACUUAUGACCUAGAUACCGACUUUGAGCCCCCACCAGGACCGCCUCCGAACUGGACCCCUCCGGGUGGAAAACCUCUGAGAAGCUUGGAACCACCUGCUCCCAUCUCUCCCCAAGCCGGAGAGCCAUCUCAAACCCCUAAUCUGAAGCCCAGAGACGCAGUGCCGCAAGGUCAGUCGCCUCGUAAGCCUUCAGUAUCAUGGAAAUUCCCCAAGCCACACCCUUGCGGAGUGACUCCCCUCGCUGAAUGCGCUGCCGGCGGUAUCAACCUGGACGUGGAUUGGUUCCACCAUCCUGCCGUACCCUCAUUAUAUAUCUGCUCCCGAUGCUACGCAGAGCAUGUCUACGACCCCAGGUUCCAUGAAUCUUUCGAAAAGGUCCACAUCAAGGCAGCCGAGAGCCCAUGUUGUAGCUUUCCGUCCCGCCGGUUGAAAGAGCAGCUCUGGCCCGCGGCACUGUCCUCCGGCGAUCUUGCUCCUGUACUGGAGUACAUGAAGAUGAGAGCUGCCCUUCCGCCGUGUCCCGCGGCCACUUCGGUCGAGGGAAGAUCUUGGUAUGUCAGUACAGAUAUCCAAGGAUCGACCAUGUGCCCGGCGUGCUUCGAGGAUGCCGGCAUCGACCCUGUGAUCCGGGAGAAAUUCACGUUGCAGACGAUCCCCAAUGGAUGUACUUGCGAUCUGGCUUGCACGUUUAUUGAUCGUCUGUUGAAGGAGACCAAGAAAAUCGAGGAAUGGAAGAAUUUUGUGGAAGGUGUCAGUGCUCGAAUCUCGAUGCCCGCUUGCCCAAAGGGAGGGAAGAGAAAGGCGCAAGGACUUCCCUGGUAUCAAACCAACGAAGGCCGUCCGAGCAUGCAGAUCUGUGUGGCUUGUUACCUCGACUACUUUGUUGGCACACCGGAUGCCCAGGUCUUCCACCAGGUCGGCGGCGGAGACUACGAUACGCACUGCGACAUAGGGAACUCGUACUUGGAGAUUGCCGCAAACACAUCUGUCUGGAAGGACGAUCAGAAGAUAUUUUGGAAAGCUGCGCAGGUUGUUCGGAGCCAGCCCUGCACCACUGAGGGGAUCCAGGGGAAGUGA